AUGGAGAUAAUUCUUGUAAGUUCUUCCCAUAAUGAUCGUGACCAAAGCCUUUUCAUAAGCACGGAUGAAGGAGCCAGUUUCCAGAAGCAACCCAUUACUUUCUUUGUGGAAACUCUCCUUUUUCACCCAAAAGAAGAAGACAAAGUACUUGCUUACACCAAGGAUAGCAAGGUUUAUGCAUCCAUUGACUUGGGGAAAAAAUGGAUCCUUCUGCAGGAAAGAGUUUCAAAAGAUCAUAUUUUUUGGGCUGUUGCUGGAGUUGACGGAGACCCUGAUUUAGUUCAUAUGGAAAUCCAGGACCCCAGUGGAGGUUAUCGCUACAUCACUUGCCAGAUUCAGAAUUGCUCUGAUAAGACAAUGACAGUCCAGUUUUCUGGUGGCACUGAUCGGGAUUCCCUAACUGUGCAGGAUGACUACAUAUUUCUUCAGACAACAUCAGCAAAUCGGACCAAGUAUUAUGUCUCUUACCGUCGAAAUGCCUUUGUACAGAUGAAGUUGCCAAAAUAUGCCUUGCCAAAAGAUUUACAGAUAAUCAGUACAGAUGAAAACCAGGUGUUUGUGGCUGUUCAGGAGUGGUACCAGACAGACACGUACAACCUAUACCAGUCUGACCCGCAAGGUGUUUACUACUCUAUUCUUCUGGAGAAUGUCCGUAGCACAAAGCAGCCAGAAGAAAAUGUCCUGAUAGAUAUUCUGGAGGUCAGAGGGGUAAAAGGAGUCUUUUUGGCCAACCAGAAAAUUGAUGGGAAAGUUACAACUCUGAUAACCUACAACAAAGGCCGUGACUGGGAUUUUCUAAACCCUCCAGACAUCGAUAUGAAUGGGAAGCCAACAAACUGCAAACCUCCUGACUGCUACCUUCACCUCCAUCUCCGCUGGGCAGAUAAUCCCUAUGUGUCAGGAACAGUGCACACAAAGGACACUGCACCAGGGCUCAUAAUGGGAGCAGGUAACCUGGGCUCCCAGCUGGUUGAGUAUAAAGAAGAAAUGUACAUAACGUCUGACUGCGGGAACACGUGGCGUCAGGUCUUUGAAGAAGAGCACCACAUCUUGUACCUGGACCAUGGUGGAGUUAUUGUGGCCAUCAAAGAUACCUCUAUCCCUCUGAAAAUACUCAAGUUCAGCAUAGAUGAAGGCCAGACUUGGAGUACACAUAACUUUACUAGCACAUCAGUCUUUGUAGAUGGAUUACUUAGUGAACCUGGAGAUGAGACACUGGUCAUGACAGUCUUUGGACAUAUAAGCUACCGUUCAGACUGGGAACUGGUAAAGGUGGACUUCAGACCAUCUUUCCCCAGGGAGUGCACUGAUGAUGAUUAUGAGUCUUGGGAGCUCACAAAUCUACAGGGUGAUCGUUGCAUCAUGGGCCAGCAGAGGAGCUUUCGAAAGAGGAAGAUUACAUCAUGGUGCAUUAAAGGGAGAAGUUUCACAUCAGCUCUCACUUCCAAAGUCUGUGAAUGUGUGAACUCUGAUUUCCUAUGUGAUUAUGGGUUUGAGCGCUCCGCACCUCUGAAGUCAGAGUCCAGCAAAUGUUUUGCUGACUUUUGGUUUAACCCAGAAGCACCUCCUGAAGACUGUGUGCUGGGGCAGGCAUACACCAGCAGCACUGGGUACAGGAAAGUUAUUUCUAACGUGUGUGAAGGUGGCGUAGACCUGCAGCAGAACUUAGCACAGCAUAUGUGUCCACUGAUUGCUCCCAAAGGACUUCAGAUCAGCAUCAGGGAAGAAAGCCUGGCCAUUAAACCUGGGGAAGACAUCACUUUCAUUGUCAGACAAGAGCAGGGUGAUGUAUUGAAUACCAAAUACCAGGUAGAUCUUGGAGAUGGCUUUAAGGCGAUAUAUGUGAACCUUACGAUGACCGGAGAACCCAUCCGUCACCACUAUGAGAAUCCUGGGAUUUACCGUGUCUCUGUGAAGGCUGAGAAUGUGGCUGGGCAUGAUGAGGCUGUGGUGUUCAUCCAAGUCAACUCUCCACUGCAGGCUUUAAAUUUAGAAGUGGUUCCAGUCGUUGGGAGAAACCAGGAGGUGAACCUGACAGCCAUCAUACUGCCUAAGAACCCUAAUUUGACAGUCUUCUACUGGUGGAUAGGGAACAAUCUACAGCCGCUCCUUACAUUGGAGAGUUUUCUGGUGACAAAGUUUGCUGAGACAGGUGACAUCAGAGUAACAGUGCAAGCUUCCUGUGGGAGCUCCAUGCUUCAGGACUCAAAAGUUGUCCAUGUUUUUGAUAAUUUUCAUGUUCUUCCUCUGAAGUUUACUAAGCACUUGGACGUGUACAACCCCGACAUACCAGAGUGGAGGGAAGACAUAGGACGGGUAGUAACACGACUUCUUGCAAAGGAAACAAAUAUACCCGAAGAAACACUCAUGACAGUUGUGAAACCUGGUCUGCCCACAGCUGCUGACUUGCAUGUGCUACUACCAGCAAACCAACCAAAAAGGAAGAGAAGUGUAACUAGCGAUAAGAGAAUAGCAGCUAUAAAGCAGGCCUUGAAUGCACACAACAUCAGUUUCUUUCUGAGGGGAGGAUACUGGGUCUUAGUGACUUUAGCUGACUCCAGUUCAGACUCUCAGAGGAUUGGUGGAGGCAGUGGCUACUGGGCUAUUGUGAUUCUCUUUGUUAUCUGUCUAGUUGCAGUUGGGGCUUUCAUCCUCUACAAGUUCAAAAGGAAACUGCCAGGCAGAAAUGUCUAUGCCCAGAUGCACAACGAAAAAGAGCAGGAAAUGACAAGCCCUGUUAAUCAUAGUGAGGACACCCAGAACAUCAUCCAGGGUGAGGAGUUUAUUGAUGAUGAUCUGGACUCGCAAACACUAGGUAACGCAAGAGUGACUCCUUCUGGGAGAAGUGGCAACUUGAACAGCUACAGAGUUCCCUUAUUGCUGAUGCCGGUCAGUGUCCAGUCCCAGGCAAUCACUCAGGCGUGGUUUUGAGCAUCAACUCCCGAGAGAUGCACAGUUACCUGGUUAGCUGAUAUUUGCAGCUGAACACAAAAAUCAAAAGACUCUUCUCUGUAUUGUUUUAUUUUUCCCUGGUGAUGUCACAAAAUUGCAAAUAUGGCUGUAAACGCUGGUGGAGAGGAGGUUUCUUAUCAGCCCCAUGGAACAAAAAAAGUCUGUCAUCAGUUACCGAGGGAGAAGGAUAAUACAUCUUGUAGUUCACUCUAUGGCCUGGGAACUCAUUACAAUUGAAACUCAAAAUAUGGUAGCAAAUUUGUAGCUCUAGGCACCUCCAAUGCCACCUUAUUUCUUUUCUGUUUAUGCUUUAGUUCUCUAUGGUUAUUUUUAGAAGGAUUGACUGUAACUUUCUAAUUAUGUUUCUGAGGUAUUCAGCUGAAGGGUUGAGACUUUUCAGCCUAAAAAGAUGAUUUUUACACAAGUGACUAGACCAGAACAGGAGGUUGGUUGAUCACAAUGAUUUUUUAGGAGACCAAGUGUUUCUGUACUGUGGGAGAGAGCUGAGUGAGGAAACAAAUGCACUCCUAGUUGAUACAAGCUCUUAACUUAAGUGUGUCAGACAAUCUAAUGAAUUUAGGCUUAGGCCCUUCUGUGGAUAGGAUAAUGCUCUUGUAAGUGUAGCAAGUCAUGACAAACCAUCAGCACCAGUAUCUCUCUGAGUCCCACCCCGUGUGAAAGAAAAACACCAGCUUGAUGCUAUUUCCAGACCAGGUGCCUUCACUUGCGGACAGUUACUUUGCUUGCUCACUUCUUGUCUCCUGAGUGAGCACCUCUAGGACGAUGGCAGCUGCCAGAUGAGUUAUCAUGUACAACCCCAUGCUGGUGGCCUGUCUCUUUUUACAUUCCCAGAGAGCAUAAAUACCUCUUUUAAGGCGCUUUCUUUGUAUGGUUAUUUUUUAUAGAUUUCCUGUAAGGGCAGAGGUGUCAGUUAGGUCAGAGCUCUCCUCCAUGCAGGACUGGGUAGAGCACUGCCAUCCCCUUCCCACCCACAUCCUUCUGUGGAGUUUUCCCUGGCUGUUUGCCCUUGCAGGCAGGGGUGGGCAAACUCUGACCUGAUCUUUUCCACUCGGGUUGGUUUGACAAUCCGGAAGGACAUGGGGAGGAUAGGCUGAUUUAGGGAUUCGUAUUUCCUUUCCAUCACCACAGGGUGUCACUCAGUCCAUACCACUGGUGGCCCUGAUUUCUGCAGGGAAUGCAGUGGGACUUCCGGUGGAACUUCCUACAGAAAAGUUUGUAUGUCAGGUCAGAGUUUCCUAAUCCCAGUUUUGUGAGUUGGACCAGAUUUUCCUAGUACAAACCUCUGCAUCCCUAGGGAAUGGCAAUGCAGUGAAUCCACACCCUGCUGGUUUAACUCCGUGUGAUUUAUAGAGCCAUGCUGGAAACAGACUGUGGUGUGAUGAGUUUAAAUAUCUGGUGUCCUGUGUUUCACAGAUACCUGGGAUGAGGAUGUUUCUCUCAGAAACCUAUAUGAUCUCUUCACUUUUUGCCUUCUGUAGAAAUAAAUAGCUCUUAACUUACUGAAUGUCAUACUGAUGCUAGUGACAGGCUCACACACCACCUUACUUAAGGAAGAUACAGAUAGUUAGCUACAUCUUUCUGAAUAAACAAACAGAAAAUAACAAAAUGCUGGUAAACCAGAAGAGAACUGUCCUAAAAUUAUUGUAUGCAUUAGAGACAUUCUUCUAUGUAAUUGUGAGUAUCCUAGAGCAUAUUGUCAUCAAAUGCAACGGACUGGGAUGUAAUAAGUCAGCGUAGUACUGUAGGCUCUCACAAACCCCACAGGAUGUAUGUGUAAAGCACAAGAAAAUCUAGAUUAUAAACUUACUGUAAGGAACUACUGGAAAAGUUUAAGUGAAGAUUCAGAAAAGUGCUUGCAAACUGCUCAGGAAAAUAGUUUCUAAACUUUUUGCCUAUUUAGUUGUAGAGCGCCAUGCAAACUGACUUAUGGAGAAGCAGUGCUCUAACUGACUGCUGUGGGCCAGACUCUGUAGAAAUCCAGGGUGUUACAUGUACCCGAGUUUCCAGAAAAGAAAUGCAAAUGCAAAAUGUGCCAUGCAUUGGAAACUCUUGGGACAGUUGCACCAGAGGCUUUCCCUCCUUACCAGCUCUUUAUGCUUUUUCAAAUGGAAAUGAGCUGGAGCAGAGAAUAAAAUCAUAUUACAAACAGUUAGUUUGUUCCUGUGAAAUAAAUCUGAAGUGGGUUAUUAGUAUAGGGCAGGUGAAUGUCAGAUUAGCCUCAUGGACAAGGGAUGGAAGAUCUAGCUUGGGGUUGUUCUCCCACUCUGUCUCACUAGCAAAGGACACUGCUGGAACUAGGUCACACAUCUAGUUUAUGCUUUAACAGGUACUUUUAUACAUCUAAUACAGGGUGAUUUGUGUCUCUGGUAAUAGGAGUCUUUUGGAACAUGGCUGAAUAUUUAGCUGCUUGGUACUCUAAUUAACACUUAGCACAAUAUAGUGCCUGUAAUAAUGUUUUUUGAUGCUUAUUAAUUUGAUUCAUGCAGCACUCCUGUGAGGUUGGUUUGUCAUGUCUUAAAACCACUGUUUUCUAAAGAGAUGUCAGUAUCGCCAUAACUGUGUUAACACUACCCAGCAGAUAAUAAAGGAAGCCUUUGAUUCUCUGGCAAGAAUUACUUUAAAAUGCAUUAUUUUAAAGCUGAGAAAAUGCCAUUAACAUUUUCCCACUCAUGGUGUCUUGGUUUAUCUUUAAAUUAAAAGUCCCACUAGUGCUAGGUUUCAAAUCUCUUGAACUGAAUCCAUGGCAUCUUAGCAAAUGCUAAUAAUCCUUCAUAUGUAUCUAAAAUCCUGAUACACGUGUAUACAGAAACACAGAAUAGUUUCUAUGCACAAAUGCUAGUUACACAUGCAUGCACACACAUGCAGUAUUUGUACAUAUUCCAGUUAAAUUUAUUAGUGAAGAAGGGUGAUUUGAUGUCUAAGAAACAGAAGAUGGCUGUGGGAUACCUGGAUUUUGUACCCAGACUUUGGGCAAUUUACUUAACUUGUAUGUGCCUCAGUUUCCCCACCUGUAAAUUGGGGCUUACAGUAAUUACCUACCUCACAGGGGUAUUGUGAGGCUAAAUCAAUUACUGCUUGUUCAGGUUUGCCAGUGUAAAAGAAUUUUGUGAGCAUAAAUUAUUAAUAGUUUUACUUUCUUCAUUUUACUUGUAUUUACCACUGCUGUUAUUAGUCUACUGAAACCAGCUGCAAUUACGUAUAAAUGUAAAAACUGCAUAAUCAAAAAAAAAGGUACAUCACUUAAAGAGGUAAUUUUAUUUAAAAACUGUUACUGGAACGUAUUGUUAUGUGGUAGCAUUGCAACAUUGGCUGUGAUUUUGCUGUUACACACUACUAUUUUAUUUUUCUGCAAUGUUAUUUGGUCAAAAGCCUUAUAAUGAUGUACUGUGAGAUUUAACACUGAUGUUGAACUACAGUGAAACCAACAAAA